UUUACCUUUAUUAAAUCCUAAAAUAAUAUUUUAUAAUAAUUUUUUUUAUUUCGUUUAAAUUUUAAAUACCAAAAAAGAGAGAGAGAGAGAGAGAGUGUCAAUGAAAAUACCAACUGCACUCGACCUUCAGUCAGUUACCGUGAUUGAGUGAUUGGUGCUCUUUGCCACUUGCAUAGUUGCUAAUUUGCUAUGUACAUCUAAGUAAGUACUGUAUGCAUUUGGUCGCCAAAAGUUGAAAAUUUUUUAUUUCUUUCUAUCAGCAAUCAUUAAUAAUUGUUGGAGGUGAUCAUCUCGAGAUAAAAAAGACGUACAGCAUACAUAACAAACUUAUCAACAUGUCUUCGUUAGCAACUUAUGAUACUCCAGCUAAGUUACUCUGUGAUAUUAAACAGCGAUUGAUUGACGAGGGAAAACUAUCAGAAGAUGUAAAAAAAAUUAUUGAUGAAUCUAUAGCUGAAGAAGAAAAAUAUAUUGGUAGAAUAGUAAGGGUCAAGAUAGCAACUGAGCCAGAGACUCUAGAGUCGAUUCGUAAAAUAUACCAAGUUCCAUUCAUAUCGGAGAGAUCCGAAAGAUAUAUGAAAGCUAUAAAAGUCUUAAAUAAAAAGCGUAAUGAACUUAAGCUGUUUUGUAAAGAGACAAAAAUAUCUCCAACAAUGGAACAGCUCAUAAAAAGGAGAAAGCUUCUUGAAGAACUCACACAACUUGAGAAAGAACUUGAUGCAGUCAAGUCCUGCAAAGAAUAGUAAACGAUGUUAAUCUUUUUUUUUGCUACAAAAACAUAUGAAUUCUCUAGAUUAAUAUCGACGGCUAUACCCUAAAGCUACGUGCUGGAUCAAUUCGACUUGGAUGAAAAGCUUCAGAAGGAAAAAUUGAAAAUAAUUAAAAACAAUGAAUAUACCUAUAUAGUUUUUUUAUAUAAAUA